AUGCAGGAGGAAAGGGACAAGAAAAAAGGGGCGCGGGGAGGGUGCUGUAGGCCCGUGUCGUCGGCAGCACUCCGCGCCGCGCAGCUGCCUCGCAUCCCUACCGCGUUCCGCACUCGAUGCUGCAACUCUGGUUAUUGGUGCUUCAGUGGAUCUCUUAAUUUUUUUCAAAUUCUUCUUCUAAUUGACGGAUCUACAUUUUGGAGUGAUUUCAAUUUGAUGCAUCGUCAAAACCAGGCGUUCGUAGCGUCCGGCUGUCACGAAAACUCCAAAGGAUUUCAGAGAAGCAUCUUUAUUUUUAUUUAAAAACUGUCUUAUUAUUCUACUUGAUUUCAUUAAUUUUGUCCUAACUAGGUCUGGUUACUGUCAGAAAAAAAUAGAUAGAACUUUAUAGAUUAUUACCGUUUGAAAUUGAGUUCGGAAAUUUUAAUUGCUCCCAUCUACAAUGCCUUCUCCAUUCAAAUUAUUAAAUUUAAUGCCAUUUACCAUAGACAAGUGUUAAACUUCGUGAAUGACAACUAUCCUAUGAUGCCCCCUGCUGUGUUUGUAUUGCAGUUGUUUCUAGACAGUGGUUAUCACGAAGUUAAUACUGACGUGAUAAAAUGAAUUGAUAGUUUACCUUUCAUUCUUUAAUUUUAGCUGCAUAGAAAACAAAUUAAUAAUAAUAAUAAUAAUUAAAUUAAGUGUAUAUAAUGUAUGUGAAUAGUGCAAAUACAAUGUGAAUAGUACAGUAAUUAUUAAUUUUACUACCUAGAGAGCGUGACUCUAGUGACGUCAUGUGUCUACAUAAUUUUUUCCAUUAUCGUAAGUGCUAGUAGGUAAUUAAAAUUUAUAAUUUCCUUAAAAAACUGAGUAGUUAUUUAUUUCAAAUAUCCAUAAGUACAUCAUUGAAAUCUUUGUUGUCUUAAAAUUUUUGAAUAGAAAAAAUAAGUAAAUAUACUUACGCAGCGCAACGUAAACUGAAGUAGCACUGGAAAAUUAUUUUAAUUAUAUUGCUUAGGUUAACCUCAUAUUAAUAUAAAUGUGUAAUAAAUAAUUGUGAGUUAUCUUGAUAUUAUUAUAUUAAUCAAUAUUUUAGACAACAGAAUGGGCUCAAUAGAUUUUUAUCAAACAUAUAGAAAUAUAAGCAAUAUAAUAGAUCGAUAAAAUUAUGCCUAAUUGCGAUUGUCGAUAGUUCACAUAUAAAACAUCUAGUACUAACAGACUUUAAUUUGAAGUCAUUUUUAAAUAUAUACGUAUUAAUUUCCAGAUUCAAAGAAGAAUUGAAGAUAUGAAGCCAGAACUUGGAAUAACAAAUUUGGUGCCCAUCGGCAUCAAUAUUAGUGCCCUACAUCUACCCUGUAGAUCCGAAUUUGUUUGAAGUGAGGCGACAAAUUCGGUUCUAGAGAGGUUUGUGUGGUGCAUGCACUGCAACGAUCAAGACAAUGAAGAUGAUGUUUCAUAGAAGAUUUAUUUAAAUACUUAAUAUAUUUCUAUGCAUGGUUAUGAAUAGUGAUGUGCCGAUUAGAAAUUUGCUAUUCUUCUCUCGGAGAUUUCCUAAAUAAAUUCUCAUCCGAAAUUAUUGAAGAAAUUUCUCGGGAAUCCCGAGUUUCUCCACCGUUUCCUUACGUUCUCGAGAAUUUCGAGAAUGCAAAUACUAGUCAUUUGUGUAUUACUUCAUGAAUAUCUGUAUAUAGGUAAUUGUGUAACAUAAUUUUAUAUUUUUAUUUUUUGAAUGCAUAUUUUUCAUUAUCCUUAUCAAUUUGGAAAACAAUAACUACGGCGGUAUGAUUUGACAAUGCUAAAUUUAAAACUAUAUUACUUUCAAUUUAUUCAAACUUCAUUACAACACAGCAGGUUACAUCGCUCAUUACCAACUUAUUAUUCUUUGAUAAUUGAUCCUUUUCUCUCGAUUUAUUUUUGAUUUUUUAAUCUAAUUCUGUACUAUUAUAUUGUUUUUUUUAUUUAAUCUAAUCACCUUUUGUAUUCUUUGCAGUUAGACUGAUAGAAGGUUAACUUUAAUUAAAUAAUUUAUAUGGGAUUGUAUGACAGUAAUAUCGGAGUGAUCUCACAAUUUAAGAGUCAAAAAGUGUCCCAAACACAAAUAUAUUAAUUGAAAACAAAAAUAGAAAUGCCAUGUAAUUGUAAAUUACCUAAUAAAAUUGAUUAAUUAAAGUGACAACAUUUAACGUGUUUUGUUAUUUUUAAAUACUUUGUAUGUUUUAUUUUAUAUGGUAUGAAAUACUGUUAUAUACUUCUCUUUAAAUAAUUGUAAUUAUAUUUUUGUGAUUAAAAUCGAUUAGCAGCAUUGUCGAGCGCCACAUCUCGCAAGUAACUCGAUACAUUGUCAUGUCGGCUGACUUGGGAUUUUGUGGCUGAUUCGUUUCUGACGAUGACUUUGCUGAUGUUUGAUUUUGUAGUACUGGAGUAAAAUAAAUGAAUUUAAUUUUAUGUAACUAUACAGAAGCAGCUAUAUUUUAAAUAAAUUACUCACAAAAGACUGCCGAAAUAAAUUCAUUUUGAUUCCCAAAGUAAAAUAUGUUUCUGGAAACAAAUCUGUAUUUGGUUGUGGAUUGUGAUGCUAAUUUAUAAUAAUAAAUAUGAUAAAUAAUAAUAAAUUUAUUAGGAUAAAUCACACAGAUUGUGCUAGCCUCAAAGUAAGUUUUAGACUUGUGUCAUGUCAUGUGGGAUACUAACUCAACGAUACUAUAUUUUAUAACAAAUACAUAUAUAGAUAAACAUCCAAGACCCGGGCCAAUCAGAAAAAGAUCAUUUUCCAUCAUGACCCGGGAUCGAACCCGGGACCUCUCUGUUCAGAGGCAAGAACUUUACCACUGCGCCACCGAGGUCGUCAAAAUAUCAUGUAUGCAUAUAUCAAUAAAAACUGUUGAAAGUU